AUGAAUCGAGUAAUUUUGUCUACGAAAAAACAAAUUCUGAAACGUGGGUUACGGUGGAUUACUGUAGACAUCUACAGUACUAUUUUCCAGCACUAAUCAAACGCCACGUGUCAACUACAGUAACCAGCCAGAAAUUGCAACGUGGCAAGGGCGAAGAUCGCCGCGUUUUGCACACCAAAAAAAUCACCAAGCGAAAUGUGACAUCGGUAAGAUACAGUAACCCAAGGGUACUGUGGUUACAGUACCCGAAUUCCUACAGUAACCCUUUAGUGAAAAGCAUUUGCAGUUCGAAAUUCUACCGUACCACCACCGCGGAGCCGAUGGUAGUUUCAACAAAAAUGAAGAUCAAAUUUUGUACCCGAAGUAAGUGUUGCCACGUGGCAAAUUUUGCGCUGAAAAUCAUCAAUUCCACGGGUUUUAGCGCAAAAUUUCAGCCUGGAAACGAAAAAAAAUGAAGAAAAUACUACUGUAGUUGACAACGGUGUUUGCACACACCAAUCGCGUACUUUACAUUUUAUUCGACGCGAAAAUGUUUUUUCGUGGAUUUUUAUGUUUCGGGAGAAUUUUCGUGUUUUUGACUGAAAUUUUGCGCUGAAAAUCAUAGAAAACCAAGGUUCUCAUGAAUUUCAGCUUUUUCAGCACUGAAUUUCAGCCACAAACACAAAAAUUCGCCUUGAAACAGAAAAAUCCCCGAAAAAAACAUUUGUGCGUCAAAUAAAAUGCAAAGUACGCAAUGAGUGUGCAAACACCGUUGUCAACUACAGUAAUCUUUUCAUCGUUUUUUUUUGCUCCGAAACUGAAAUUUUGUGCUGAAAAUCGCUGAAUUUCACCACAAAUUACCUACUGUGCAUCAAAUUUGACGCGCAAAAAUGAUUUCCAGCUGAAAUUUCUGCUGAAAAUCCCAACAACCUCGAUUUUUUGCAGAGAAAUCGUCGAACAUCUCAAUAAAUAUGUUGUUGGUCAAGCGGAAGCCAAAAAAUGCCUUGCCGUGGCCGUUUAUCAACACUACAAACGAGUCGAGAACAAUAUGCGAGUUAGCGAAACUUGGUUUUUGCAAGAUGCCGUCGAAGCGGCGAAAGAGGCGAAGAAAAUGAAGAGCAAGGAUAAGGAGGGAUAUUUGGAUGAUGAGUGGGUUUUUGGGGUCAAAAAAUCCACAUGGAGUAUAUAUUUAGGACCAAGAAUCUGCUCAAAAAUUGGAAUUUUGCAAUUUCCCGCCAAAAAAAACCCACGUGUAAAGAAAAAAAACAAUUUUUUCUUGCAGACUUCCCCACUCCUCCUACACAAAUCCCACACACAAAUCUCAACGUCAAAUUCUCGCCGACCUCGAAAAACGCGAAGACAUUUUGCUCGAAAAAUCCAACAUGAUACUUUUGGGAGCGUCGGGAACCGGCAAAACCUACAUCACUCAAAAACUCGCCGCAAUUCUCGACGUACCCAUCGUGAUUUGCGAUUGUACCACACUAACUCAAGCCGGUUACGUGGGUGAUGACGUGGAUACGGUCAUUCAAAAGUUGUUGGCUGAAGCGCACGGUGACGUGGAGAAAUGCCAACGUGGCAUUGUUUUUUUGGACGAAUUUGACAAGAUUUACACGUCGAGUGAUCCACUUCACACGGCCGGAAAUCGUGAUGUUAGUGGAAAAGGUGUUCAACAGGCAUUGCUGAAAUUGGUCGAAGGAACUAUGGUGAAGGUGAGGGAUCCGCUGGCGCCAAAUUCGAAAAUUGCAAUUGACACCACCAAUAUUUUAUUUGUCGCAUCGGGAGCCUUUUCGAAUAUUGAACAUGUGAUUGCAAGACGGAUGGAUAAACGGUGGGUGCGAGAAGCGGGGAUUCGGGAGGUUCCAAUGAUUUUUAGGGUUUGCGGGGGAGACCCCCGCAGGCCCCCCUUUUCUAGGCCUUCGGCCAUUGGAAAUCUGAUUUUCAGCUCGAAAUUUCACAAAAAUUUUGUUUUUUUUUUGGGUUUGCGGGGGAGACCCCCGCAGGCCCCCCUUUUCUGGGCCUUCGGCCCUUGGAAGUCUGAACUUUUCAGCCUGAAAGUGUGUAGUUUUGGCUGAAAAUCACGGUUUCAGCCCCCCAAAACCCCAAAAAUCCAACAAUUUCCGUUCAGAACUCUCGGAUUCUCUGCUCAAACCAUGCGAUCUGGCGCCGAUGCUUCUUCCAGCGAACAACUUCGAGAUGAAGAUGAGCUGAUUGCGGCGAAAGCUCGUGAUGAACUUGUGAAGCAGUGUGAUCAGGGAGAUUUGAUCAGGUAAGGUUUUUUUUUUGAAAUUGAAAAAUUUUCAUUGAAAACUGUACAAAAUACUUGAAAAUUAGUCUUAAUUUGAGCUGAAAUUCAGAAUUUUCGAUAAAAAACGUUGAUUUUUCAAUCUGAAAUGCUGAUUUUCUCAAACUUUGGCUCAAACUUUUGAAAUUUGAAAGCCAAAUAUUUUGAAUAAAAUUGUUAGAAUUUAAUUUUCAAAAUUCAAAAUUGAAAAGUUCCCUGAAAAUUAUAAAAUUAAAUGAAAAAUGUUCAAAAUCCUCAUGAAAUUUUUCAAAAAUUGACCUGAAUUCCUGGUUUUUCUCUGCAAAUCUAGAAUUUUGAUCGAAAAUUGACCUGAAUUCCGGAUUUCCCGCUCCAAAAACACCCCAAAAUCCUCCAAAUUCAAUUUUUUUUUCUUUUUCAGUUUUGGCAUGAUUCCCGAACUCGUUGGCCGCUUCCCAAUGAUUGUCCCAUUCCAUUGUUUGGACCGUAAUCAACUGGUUUCGGUGCUCAGCGAGCCAAAAGGUUCGCUAGUCGCGCAAACCAAGAAAUUCUUCGAAAACGAAAAUGUCGAGUUGCGCUUCUCGCAACAAGCUCUCGAAAAAAUUGCCGAUUUGGCGGUGAAGCGAAGAACUGGAGCCAGAGCGCUGAAGUUAGUUUUUUUGGGAUUACUGUAGUUGCGCCUUUAAAUUUGGAGCGUUUUGAGACCAAAUAUGACGAGAAAAUACGUUUUUGGAUUUUGAAAUUGAUUUUCUUGUUUAAAAAAUACCAUAACCCAAUGAGUAACUACAAAGAUUACUGUAGUUGGAUGCGCCUUUGAAUUUGGGGCAUUUUGAGACCAAAUUUGACUAGGGUUCAGUAACCCUCCUGAGAAAAAUACGUUUCAAAAAUUUUUUGUAGAAAAAAUUGGAUUUUGAGAAUCACUCAUGUUAAACUACAUAUUUUUUUUUGAUUGCUCAUACUAAACUGAACCUAUGUAUUGCUCAUAUUUAAGAAGAGAUUGCUCAUAUUAAAAUGACAUUAAAAAUCCCCAAAUUUCUGCAGAAGUAUAGUCGAAAAAGCGGUUGUAAAUGCGAAAUACGAAAUUCCGGGAAGCAAUGUGAAAAUUGUGGAAAUCAAUGAGAAAAGUUUGGAUGAUUCGAGUUUUUGUGUGAUUGAAAAAAAGGAGAAGAAUUGUGAGAAUACCAAAGAUGAUUGA